AUGGGGGCAGCAGGGAUGAGGGGGAUGGCCUUCCACUUCCCCAGGCCUGUGGCAUUCCUUUUUCUGCUGCUGGAGCUGCCAGCCAGCGAGGCCCUGGUCCGGGCGGUGACCAGUGACGGUGCCGGUGUGGUGGACUUCAGCGAUGCACCUGCCCUGUUUGGGGCUCCCCUCUCUGAGGAUGGUGUUCAGGGAUACCUGAUUGAGGCCCAGCCACCCAAUGCCUGCCAGCCCAUUGAGGGUCCGAUCACAUCCAACCAUUCCCUUGGCUCCAUCGCGCUAGUGCGCCGCUUCGAUUGCACCUUUGACCUCAAGGUCCUCCAUGCCCAGCAGGCCGGCUACAAGGCAGUCAUCGUGCACAACGUCCAGUCCAAUGACCUGGUCAACAUGGUGCAUGUGUAUGAUGAUAUCCGGCAGCAGAUCGAGAUCCCAUCGGUCUUUGUCAGUGAGGCCACAUCAAAGGACCUCCGAGCCAUCCUGUGUGGCAACAAAGGUGCCCACGUCCUCCUCUUACCCAACAGUCAUCACUACUCUGAGCUUGACUGCCAUCCUGCUCUGUCUAUCUCCUGGGUGCUGGGUCGCAUGGUGACCUUGCUGAUGUCUACACUGCUCAUCAUCAGGAAGGUCUGGCUGUACUGGUGGCGGUGGCGGGAGCAGGGCACCGUGGCCAACGCCCCCAGCCAGAAGACGUCUCACACGCGCACCUUUGCCCACCAAAAUGACGUUUGUGCCAUCUGCCUGGAUGAGUUUGAGGAAGGGGACCAGCUAAAGGUCCUCCCUUGUACUCACAUCUAUCAUUGCAAAUGCGUCGACUCCUGGUUCUCCCAGGCCCUUCGCAGGACCUGCCCCAUCUGCAAACAAGCUGUGGUCAGCACCGAGGAGAGCUCAGACUCCAAUCCCGAGAGCCUCAGCGAGGAUGAGUCGCUCAGGUCACGGCUAGACCACUGGACAAUAGAAGUGCUGACCCUGGUCCGGCAGGUGGCCUCCUCCACAGACAGCUCCAGUCACAGGACAGAGGACUCAGAGGGGGAGGAGGAACUUUGGAGAGAGUCCUCCACACCCUGA